AAACUUAGCAAGACAUAAAAAGAAAGGAUCCGGCGUAAAAAUGAAAAACAUAUUAUAAGUAUUAAGAAACUGAAUUGCACGAGUCAUGUUUGUUGACUUUUAAACGAAUGCCUUUCUCAAACAAUAAAGUAGUUCCCGCCAAAAGUUGAAUCUUACUGCACUCUCGCAACCACUCUCCAGUAGCUGUCUGGUUGUGCAUAUGAACAGAGGGAGCCGAGAGGUUGAGCGGAGGAUUCUGCGCCUUCUCCACGGUCACAAAUCUCGAACCCAACUCACUCAAAUCCAUGCCCAUAUCCUUCGCCACCACCUUCACCACUCUAACCAGCUCCUCUCCCACUUCAUUUCCAUCUGCGGCUCCCUUAACAAAAUGCUUUACGCGUCCCUCGUCUUCCAGCAUUUUCACAACCCCAACAUCUUCCUCUUCAACUCCAUGAUCAAAGGCUACUCCUUAUGUGGCCCGUAUCAAAAUUCUAUCGCCUUAUUUUCCACCAUGAAACGACGUGGCAUCUGGCCUGAUGAGUUCACUUUCGCCCCUUUACUUAAAGCUUGUUCUAAUCUUGAGGAUCUGAAAUUGGGUCGGGCUAUACAAAAGAAUGUGGUUGCACUUGGGUUUGAGAGAUUUGGGUCGAUAAGGAUUGGGAUUAUUGAACUGUACUGUGGUUGUGGGAUGAUGAUGGAUGCUGAGCAGGUGUUUGAUGAUAUGUCUCAUAGAGAUGUGAUUGUUUGGAAUUUGAUGAUUAGGGGUUAUUUUAAAAGUGGAAAUGUGGAUAUGGGGUUUGGUCUGUUUAGUCAAAUGGGUGAGAGGACAGUGGUUUCUUGGAAUUUGAUGAUUUCGUCGUUAGCUCAAAAUGGGAGGGAGAAGGAGGCACUGACACUUUUCGCUGAGAUGAGGAAUAGUGAGUUUGAGCCUGAUGAAGCUACGGUUGUUGCGAUGUUACCCGUCUGUGCUCAUUUAGGAGAAGUUGAUUUGGGAAGGUGGAUUCACUCUUAUGUUAAGUCUAAGGGUCUCUAUCCUGAUCUUGUAUCCGUUGGCAAUGCAUUGGUUGAUUUCUUUGGAAAAUCUGGUGAUUUGGAAGCUGCUUUUACAAUAUUCAAGGACAUGCCUCGGAAAAAUGUAGUUUCUUGGAACGCCAUGGUAUCAAAUUGUGCUUUUAAUGGGAAGGGUGAAUUGGGAGUUAAAUUGUUUGAUGAGAUGUUAGAUGAAGGUGUGAGACCUAAUGAUUCAACUUUUGUGGGCGUUUUAGCAUGUUGUGCCCAUGCAGGUUUGGUCCAAAGAGGUGGAGAUUUGUUUGAUUCUAUGAUUGGAAAUCAUGGUAUAGAGCCAACGCUUGAGCAUUACGGAUGCAUGGUUGAUCUUCUAGGCCGUGGGGGUUGUCUAAAAGAGGCUCAUAAACUGGUGAAAACCAUGCCAAUGGAACCAAAUGCUGCUAUAUGGGGUGCAUUGGUUAGUGCUUGUCGCACUCAUGGUGAAAUGGAGCUGGCCGAAUGUGCACUUAAGGAGCUUAUAAGUCUUGAACCUUGGAAUUCAGGUAACUAUGUAUUGUUAUCCAAUAUUUAUGCUGAUAGAGGAAAAUGGGAAGAAGUUGAGAAGGUGAGAGUGUUGAUGAGGGGAAAUAGCAUUAAGAAAGCACCAGGACAGAGCACGGUUGUUUGAUUAUUUGUUGCACUUCCUCAGGACAUAGCUGCACCGUAGACUAUCGGGUGUUGGCUUCUUGCAUCAAAAUAGGAUCCCUUCUUGAAGGGAUUUUGACCUCUUUGACAGUCGUUGGACUUUGAGUGAUUUGAACUGAAAACAGCUUAGCUUUGGAUUGUCAAAUUAAAUGAUAUGCAAGCUAAAGAGCUAGCUCUGAUUUUGAGAAAUAAUGUCUAUAGGCACUGUCUGCUGACAGCUCAGCUCUUGGAUCGGAUGAUGCAAGUCUAACGUAAAAAAGAACUCCCCUUCCACCCCCUUUGCUAUUAUACUUCGACUAGAGGCCUCCUUCCCUUGUCCUUUUAUUCAAUUCGCCUCCAUUAAAACAAAAUAGUCAAAUUUGGCGACUAGUAUAUUAGUGUUCACCCUCUCAUGUAUGGCCUUAGCUCCGAGAUUGGAAUUUGGUUGAGCCAUUUUCCUGCCUUUUAUUACCUUUGGAUUUUAACUGUUUUGUCUCUCCUUUUUUUUCUUUCUUGGGAAA